AUGAAGCAGGAAGUGGAGGCUAUGCUGAGGAUGGGGGUUAUCGAAGAAUCCCACAGCGCAGGUUGCAGCCCCAUCGUGUUGGAGCACAAACCGGACGGUAGUCUGUUCUUCUGUAAUGAUUUCCGGGGAAGGCCCGUCGACGUGAGCGUGGCACUGCCCUUGCAGGUGCCCCCGGCUGCCAUUGCCAUGGACCUGCGCCUGGACCAGCCCUUUGGCCUGGCACCGCGACCAGACGACCAGUGCCACCAAGGACAGGUCCCAGGUCAGCGGGAGCAGCAGCUGCAGCAGGAGUUGCUGGCCCUCAAACACAAACAGCAGAUCCAGAGACAGGUGCUCAUCGCUGAGUUCCAGCGGCAACAUGAGCAGCUCUCACGCCAGCACGAGGCCCAGCUACAGGAGCAUGUUAAGUACCAGAUGCCCUGUAGCAGUGCCAUCAGCAGGCAGUUGUAUCAACACCGUAGUAAAGUUUGUAGUAACGUUGUGUUGCAGCACCAGCAGGACCUCCUGGCUCUGAAGCAUCAGCAGGAGCUGCUGGAGCACCAGAGGAAGAUGGAGAGACACCGCCAUGAGCAAGAGAUAGAGAAGCAUCAGAGGGAGCAGAAACUCCUACUGCUUAAGAACAAGGAGCGUUGCCAGGAGAGUGCGGUGGCCAGCACAGAGGUCAAGAUGAGGCUGCAGGAGUUUGUCCUGAACAAGAAGAAAGCCCUGGCCCAGCGCAGCCUCAACCACUGCAUGUCUACUGACCCACGCUAUUGGUACGGGAAGACCCAGCACAGCUCCCUGGACCAGAGCUCCCCUCCCCAGACAGGGAUGUCCACUUACAACCACGCCAUCCUGGGGAUGUACGACCCCAAAGACAACUUCCCUCUCCGCAAGACAGCCUCUGAGCCYAACUUGAAGCUCCGGUCCAGGCUAAAACAGAAGGUAACGGAGCGCAGAAGUAGCCCACUUCUACGCAGGAAGGACGGUCCAAUUACCACCGCCAAGAAGCGCUCUCUGGACAUGGCUGAAUCGGCCUGCAACAGCGCUCCUGGCUCGGGCCCCAGUUCGCCCAACAACAGCUCCAGUAACAUCACCAAUGAGAAUGGCAWCGCUGGCUCCAUGUCCAGUAGUUCAGUAGAGGCCUCCCUGGCCCACAGGCUGGCUGGCCGAGAGGGCCCCUUGAGCCAGCUGUCUCUGUACACUUCGCCCUCGCUGCCUAACAUCACCCUGGGCCUGCCAGCCACCGGCCCUUCCAGCGUUAGCCUGAGCGGGAUGCCCCUGCAAUCGUCCUCCAUUCACAAGCUGCGUGGGCAGCACCGUCCCCUGGGGAGGACCCAGUCGGCCCCUCUGCCCCAGAAUGCCCAGGCCCUGCAGCAGCUGGUGGUCCAGCAGCAGCACCAGCAGUUCCUGGAGAAACACAAGCAGCAGUUCCAGCAGCAGCAACUGCACAUCAACAAGAUGAUGGCCAAGCCCAGUGAGCCAGGGCCGGGGCCGGGUCGGCAGCACGAGAGUCACCCGGAGGAGACAGAAGAGGAGCUAAGGGAGCACCAAGCCCUAUGUCCCCAGGAYGGAGGCCUCAUGUGUGGAGUGACAGUCAAGCAGGAGCCCCCGGACCCCCAGGAAGAGGAGAGGGACCACAGAGAUAGGAUAGUUGACCAGGAGCUGCUCUUCAGACAGCAGGAUGUGUUGUUGGAGCAGCAGAGAAUCCACCAGUUGAGGAACUACCAGGCUUCGAUGGAGGCAGCCGGCCUGUCAAUCACCUUCCCACACACCGCCCCCUCUCCAGGCCCAAUCAUCUCCUGCCUCGGCCUGCUUCCCCCUCAUCGUGGACUGGUGUAUGACACGUUGAUGCAGAAGCACCAGUGUAUGUGUGGCAACACCAACACACACCCGGAGCACGCCGGACGCAUCCAGAGCAUCUGGUCUCGACUACAAGAGACAGGACUGAGGGGCAAGUGUGAGGUGGACAGCGACACCAUUUGGAACGAGGUCCACUCGUCCAGCGCUGCUCGYCUAGCUGUGGGCUCCGUCGUGGAGCUUUGCUUCAAAGUGGCGGCUGCAGAGCUCAAGAAUGGUUUUGCWGUAGUCCGGCCCCCUGGACACCAUGCAGAGGAGAGCACACCUAUGGGAUUCUGUUACUUCAACUCAGUGGCCAUCGCAGCUAAACUCUUGCAGCAGAGGCUCAGUGUCAGUAAGAUCCUGAUUGUGGAUUGGGUGGGCACUGGGGCAGGUAUGGGCUUCAAUGUGAACAUGGCUUUCACCGGGGGACUGGAACCACCCAUGGGAGACGCAGAGUACCUGGCUGCCUUCAGGACGGUGGUGAUGCCCAUCGCCAAUGAGUUUGCCCCCGACGUGGUGCUGGUGUCGUCUGGCUUCGAUGCCGUGGAGGGCCAUGCGUCACCCCUGGGAGGGUACAGGCUGACGGCCAAAUGUUUUGGAUACCUGACCAGGCAGCUGAUGGGGCUAGCCGGAGGCCGYAUGGUACUGGCCCUGGAGGGGGGCCACGACCUCACUGCUAUUUGUGACGCAUCCGAAGCCUGCGUCUCUGCUCUGCUAGGAAUCGAGUUGGAUCCUAUCCCUGAGGAGGUGAUGCAGCAGAGGCCCAACCCCAACGCUGUUCACUCCAUGGAGAAGGUGCUGGAGGCACACAGUAAAAACUGGCGCUCUCUGCAGCGCGGGGCCUCCACGCUGGGCUACUCUCUGAGCGAGGCUUGCCGGUGUGAGUCGGAGGAGGCCGAGACCGUCACCGCCAUGGCCUCCCUCUCUGUGGCCAACAAGCAGAGGAAGUACGUCCCCUCGAGCGAGGAGGAGCCUAUGGAGGGCUGA